AUGUAUCAGGGUGAGAUCUUUGCCCUGCUUGGCCACAAUGGUGCAGGGAAGACCACGACCUUGGCGAUGCUUUGUGGCUUGAUCCCACCCAGCAGUGGCCGCUGCGUGGUUUUCGGUUCAGACCACCCGGAGGAGGCGCAACGUUGCUUGGGCGUUUGUCCUCAGCAUGAUGUCCUGUGGGAGACCAUGACCUGCGAGGAGCAUCUCCGGCUUUUUGCUGGCUUCAAAGGAGUUCCAGCGGAGGCUGUUCUUCAAGAGGUGGCUUUCAUGCUUGAGAGGGUGGGUCUAGAGAAGGCCGGUGCCUCGAAGACCCAAGCGGGGCGUUUGAGCGGCGGCAUGAAGCGGAAGCUCAGCCUAGGCAUUGCCUUCCUGGGAGGAUCACAAUUGGUGGUCUUGGAUGAGCCCACCAGCGGAUUGGAUCCCUUCUCCCGCCGUGCAGUUUGGGAGCUGCUGAGAUCCAUGAAGCAACAGCUUGUCAUCGUGCUGUCAACUCACUACAUGGAUGAGGCGGACAUCCUCGGAGAUAGGAUUGCCAUCCUACAUGAAGGCCGAUUAAAGUGUUGCGGCUCACCGCAGUUCCUGAAGCGGGCCUAUGACUGCGGCUACAAUGUGACCUUCGUGAAACGCUCCGGUUGUGACAUCGACGUGGUCCGCGAGGUUGGUUCUGCGAGCUGGUGGAAGUUUGCACAAACAUCAACGAACAUAACGAACCUGGUUUGGAGACUGUUCAUCUUUCGAUCAUCAGACCAAACAUCUCUAAACAUCAACAUUUGA